UAGUUAGCAAGCUUGGAGCUAGUUAGCGGAAACAGACCGGCCUGACACCGAAACACAGCUAGCUAUACUAGCAAUCCUGGUUGUGAUAAAACUGUCACUGGAUUCAAAUUAGCAGGUUUAAAAGAAUACCAACCAUGUCUGAUGGAGAGGGUUACGUGGUGCGUGUGAGAGGCCUACCAUGGUCCUGCUCUGUGGAUGAAGUACAGAGGUUCUUCUCAGAUUGUAAAAUCGCCAACAAUGGCACCAGCAUCCAUUUUACCUCCACACGUGAGGGCCGACCCAGCGGAGAGGCUUUCGUUGAGCUGGAGAAUGAGGAUGACCUGAAGAUCGCUGUGAAGAAGAACAGAGAAACCAUGGGCCACAGAUAUGUUGAAGUGUUCAAAUCCAACAAUGUGGAAAUGGACUGGGUGAUGAAACAUUCUGGUCCAAACUGCCCAGAGACGACUGGAGACGGCCUGGUCAGGCUCCGAGGCCUCCCCUUCGGCUGCAGCAAGGAGGAGAUCGUCCAGUUCCUCUCAGGGUUGGAAAUCGUGCCAAAUGGGAUUACAUUGCCGCUGGACUUCCAGGGGAGGAGUACGGGGGAGGCCUUCGUGCAGUUUGCUUCACAGGAUAUAGCUGAAAAGGCUCUAAAGAAACACAAGGAAAGAAUAGGGCACAGGUACAUUGAGAUCUUCAAGAGCAGCCGUGCCGAGGUGAGGACCCACUACGAACCCCAGAGGAAACCUAUGGGGAUGCAGAGACCGGGGCCCUACGACAGACCGUCUGGGGGCCGUGGGUACAACAUGAUGGGGGGCCGAGGAGGGGGCUCUUACGACAGGGCUAGACGCGGAGGCUAUGGUGGAGGUGUGUCUGAUGGGAGGUACGGUGAUAGUAGCUCCUCCUUCCAGAGCACUACGGGUCACUGUGUUCACAUGAGGGGUCUGCCCUACAGAGCCACAGAGACCGACAUCUACAAUUUCUUUUCUCCUCUGAACCCAGUGAGAGUGCAUGUAGAGAUCGGUCCUGACGGCAGAGUGACAGGAGAGGCUGACGUGGAGUUUGCUACACAUGAGGACGCUGUGGCAGCCAUGUCGAAGGACAAGGCCAACAUGCAGCACCGCUAUGUGGAGCUAUUCCUGAACUCUACAGCAGGGGGCAGUAAUGGCUCGUAUGGCAGUCCGAUGCAGGGGGGUAUGGGGAGCCAGUCCUCCUAUAGCAGUGGAGGGCUGAGCUCUGGAUACUCUGGAGGCUACAGCGGCCAGGGCAGCAUGGGAGGUUACAGUGAUUAUAGUAACCAGGACGGUAUGAGCAGCAGUUACUAUGGCGGCGGCGGAGGAGGCAGGAGUUCCAAUGGCCUGGGGUCAGGAUGGGGGAUGUAGUUCUUUAACCCAGCAUGUGUUUGGCUGGAAUGACUGAAUUGUAGUUCUCACCUGGUCUUUUGGAUGGGUAUUGUAGUUCUGAGCCGAUUUAUAGUGAGGGUUGGGAAAUGUUUUGUUUUAUGCUGAUUGUAUUCAUGAUUGAGGCUCCUUUGAAGUUAGGUUGGUAGAAAUUAGACUUUUUGUUUCCAUCCUCUCCUACUGUUGUUAAUGACAUGACUGCAGCAAUACAAACUGUACGGUACUGUUGGAACACAAACUAUGACCAUGGGCGGAUUGGUUGUUUCAUCAUCGUUACCAGGAAGUGUGUGUUGUUUUGGUUGUGGAGAAAUCCUGCACGGAGCCUUCACCGUACGCUGCCAUCUAACAAUACCGCUACAUGGUGUUUAACGAAGAUUCAAAACAACCAACUGUGAUUAUGACCCAGUCUGUUUCUGUUACCCACAGUAGCUCACCUUACGUUGACCAUGAAGUGACUGACUGCAGGGUUGGGGUAAAUUCGAUUUAAAUUCCAGUCAAUGCAGAAAGUAAACCAAAUUCCAAUUGUACAUUUUCAUAAUUGAAAAGCGUUGAAUGUAAUUGACCCCACCUGACUGUUAUAUCUCAGUGUAUGAACCAACACACUUCUGUAAAUAGUAUUCUAGAUGUUGCUAGUCUUUUCUCCAGUAGCUGCAAAAAUAUCUAGCCUUUCUGUCAAAGUCUGAAACAAUGUUAAAAUAAUGGUGUGUGUAGUUGACAUUUUACAUGGUGAACAAAGAGCAUGUUUGAGUUUGUUUUAUAUUGAAGUGAUUGUUAUGGGAGGGGUUGGGGGGGGAAUUCUCCAUGAGGGAUGGAUACUUUACUUAUUUAGUUGGCAAACAAACCUUACGUUUUUCUGUUAAAGGUUUCUUUCUACUGCCUAUGCAGAUUUUUUUUUUUUUUUAAGGUGCACAAGAGUGAAUACAAUUUUAAGCUGGA